GUCUAUUAGUCAGGAAUAUACACAAGUUACUUACUUUUGUAUGAUAUUUAAAACCCACCUUGCUUUAUAUCUAUGAAUGUAUUUUUUUUUUAGAAUUAAUUCGAGACAUGGACGGUGGUCUAUAAACUGAACUUUUACGGCUAGUGGCUAAUAUUAUGCUACAGUAUUAGUGUUAGGAGUUUAGGUGUGUUUAGGAUUUUUGCCGGAAUGUGGGUGGGUUUUUAAUACUGGACAUUGUACAGACAUGUUGUGUGUUCAGGAGUGUUUUAUUUCAGCUCCAGGGAAAUCCAUCCUGCACGGAGAGCAUGCUGUAGUACACGGGAAGGUGGCGUUGGCUGUGAGCUUGAACCUGCGCACGUAUCUGCGGCUGCAGGUCACGUCUUCAUCUGAAGUGUCCAUCAGUCUCCCGAACAUCGACACCUUCCUGUGCUGGAACACCAGUGUGCUGAAACCACUGCUGUCUCACUGUACAGGUGUAGGUGAGUGUAGAAGCUCCACAGAGCUGGACACUGAGCUCGUGAGGAAGCUGAGGGAAUUUACAGCCGUCUCUGAUGGAUCCACAGACACCAGGAGCAUGGCGGUACUGGCCUUCCUCUACACCUACCUGUGUGUGUUCUCCCAGUCAGAAAUCCUGCCCGGGCUGAAGGUGUGUGUGUGGUCUGAACUGCCUACAGGAGCAGGUUUGGGCUCCAGUGCUGCGUACAGUGUGUGUGUCUCUGCUGCCCUGCUCACCGCAAGAGGAACCAUCAGAUCUCCUUGUACACAAAGCCAAGAGACAGCCAGGUGGAGUGAUGAGGAGCUGGAGCUGAUCAAUAACUGGGCAUUUCAGGGUGAAACUAUCAUACAUGGCAACCCAUCAGGAGUAGAUAAUGCAGUGGGGACGUGGGGAGGCUUUCUGCGCUACCAUGCUGGGAAAAUUACUCCACUCAACAGAGUACCCACACUGAGGAUCCUCCUCACCAACACUAAAGUACCGCGCAGCACCAAACUCCUGGUUUCUCGAGUGAAGGAUAGAAUUACCCAGUACCCGUCUGUGUUGAUCCCUGUGCUGGAGUCGGUGGAUGCCGUGUCUCAUAUCUGUGAGCGUACACUAGCUGAGAUGGCUACAGAGGGAGCUUCAGCCAAACACUACAGCACACUAGAGGAUUUAAUAGACAUCAAUCAGCAGCACCUGAAUGUGAUGGGUGUCGGUCACAUGUCUCUGAACACGCUGUGCCAGGUCACACUCGCACAUGGCCUCCACAGCAAACUGACCGGAGCAGGAGGAGGAGGCUGCGCCAUCACACUCCUCACACCAGAGACAGAGGAGCAUGUGGUGCGAGACGUGAUUGAGGAGCUGAAGCAGGUCGGAUUUGACUGCUGGGAGACGAGUAUUGGAGCACCGGGUGUCCUGAUGCACUCACCCACUUCAGUGCCACACAACAUCAUCCAGAUCCUCACCAAAUACUGAAGAUCUACUGAACACACACACACACACAGUACAAAGGAACAUUACAGCUAUACCAACAGUAUUAUACAGUAUAAGUUACCUGUGAUUAGAGCAUUGAUGAGGAAAAAGUGGAAACAUUUUUCAACACUAUAGACACCAAAACGACAUUAUCCUCCAGAUUUACUUGCUAUCUUUGUUUGGGGAUGAACACCACAGCUGAGGUGAACAGCUAUAACAGUGUAGGAUUUAUUACUUAUUUAAACUAACUUUAUAUUUCAAAAUAAAUAUGAACUUUCUGAUAAA